CUGAAGAGGAUGUGAGGGAGGAUGCUGCUGUCCUCUACUCACCCUCGUCUAAAAGACCCUCAGCACUUCCAGCAAGCACCCCGCUUCCCAAAGUCCCAAAGUCCUUCUGUGUCACAGAUUUCAACUAUUUUGGCAUACAAAUCUGAAGAUACCAAGGGGGGCAUCUGUACCGAGCAUGUCAGCAGUGACGGUUCAGCCCCUCCCAUUCGGUCGCCUGGAGAGGGAGAAACACAUCGAGACGCUUUUCCGAGCCUUCCAGCGCAGACUGAGGCGGUCCGCGGAUCCGGAGGUACCUAUGGCGUCCCACUCUCUGGGGGGUCCCGUUUCCCCUCAGCUCCCCAGUCCAGAUGUGCCUGGGCUGAGGCAGGAGAGGGAAGAGGAGGGCCAUAUGGACAUUGGGAGAGGAGCCGUAGGGGUGGAGAUGGAUAUCCGGACCGAUGGGAACCACCACACCGGCACAGAAAAAGCUGAAGGCCUGGCUCUGCUGGACUCCAUCAACCAGCUGCGCAUCACUGCCAAACCUGAGCUGCAAGGUCCACACUGUGUUCCACGCCGGACAUACAGCAUUGCUUCAGGAACCAGAGACCAGCUCUACAUAGCUGUUGAAGAAAGCUCCUGCCUGUGUCUGCAGUGCUGUGGUCCAGCGCGUGCCUGCUCCUUGCAGGGUUUCGACCGGCAGGCCCAGCAGGUCUUCCUGUUCGAGAGGCCCCUCAGGGCAGACGCGUGCUGUCUGGGCUGCUGCCUGAUGGAAAUGAGGGCCUUUAAUGCCGACCACCAGCUGAUUGGAACUGUGCACCAGAGAUGGAGCAUGUUCACCCCCCUCUUUGAGAUCUGUGACUCUGAUGGGACAGCCACAAUCAGAAUCCAGGGGUCCUGUUGUCCCUGUCGCUGCUAUUCUAACCAGGAGUUUCAGGUGGUUUCAACCAUUGGAGAGAGACUGGGACGAAUAUGGAAGAAGUGGCCUGGAUUCAAUGAGGAAUGCAACAUGGACCAUGAGUUUUUUGGAUUAGAUGUCCCUCAGGAAAUGAGCACAAAAACAAAAGUUCUUCUGCUGGCUGCCACUUUCUUGCUGAAUCACAUGUUCUUUGAGAUGAGUUAACCUGGUCAGAAAUGGGCCCUGAGACGAGUCACCCAUCAGAGAGGGAGAUGGGAGGCCAUCAGCUCUGGUGAGACUGGAGAAAGUCAGAAGUCCGUCACGCCCGCAGUCGAUGCCACAGUCAGACGCAGUGGAAAACAAUGAUCGGGAUGCAACCCACCUCUGGCACUACCACUGCUGCUAGAGAGCCACGUCAGGAGCCCAGCUUCCUGGACCAAAUGAAGAAAACAAGAUGCAUGAUGCUUCCAUCUAUCAUUUACCCAUUUAAAUACUUUAAUCUUUUUCUACCUCUCCAAAAUUAGUAAAUGCAUUUUUCUAAGACUUUUCUACAUAAAAUGAUGUCAGCUCACCUUGGAAAUACCUACACCUUUUAAAUAAUCAUUUAACUUUUCCCAAUAUUGUCCAGGCAUUACAUGUAGCUUCUUUCAGCUUUUAGUGUGUUUUCCAGAAGGAUAUGCUGACAUAUACAAUUUAACCCUAUUCCAACUACUCACUGCCUGUAUUCUCGGUGUGUAUGUAGGAUGGUUUUAUUUCUGCAGCUGUAGAAUUGUAGUACAACGCUGUCACUUUUAAGAUGUGUCCAAGUGACUAGGAUCACAAUGGGAAAGAACUCUGGACAAUGGAACAUUAAUGAACUGAGUGCACAGCAACCAAGCCUUUGAAGGUCAACCCACUGGAAAAGUUUCUGGCCAAUCAUUUUGCCACUCAUACUGCAUGUGGCUCAGGAUUUGUCCAUCACUGGCAUGCCAGCUUCCUCCUUCCAGCUGGAAGAUUGCUUUCUUCCCAUUACAAUGUCUUUGGCAGUUUUUUAAUGAGUCACCCUCUUGCCACCAAUUGUAAUUCACUUGUCACCCACCCUUACUGACUACUGUAUCAGUAACUAGUUUAAAUGUUAAGUAUUCAAGUUGCUCUUAAUUUAAAUGCUUUAAAAUACUACCAGUAAAUGUCAAAUUAAUUUUUAGUACACUGCUGUUACGAUUACAUUUUAUGUUGCAACAAUUGUUCCUAUGAUACUUUACUGCCAAUGUAAGAGACUUCUAAAACAAGCAUGGAUGUUUGGUUUAUGUUGUUAGCUUGCCAAUUUUUUUUUUCUGCAGUUUUUUAGCGGGCCAAUACUGGCAGAACCCCACUGGUCAACCACUGACACAAUGUUGUGCUGACAGGCCAGUCAAUCUGCUAUGGCUCUGUACACAAUUCAGCUAGCAACAGCUGUUUGAUGAGGGUCCCUUGUAGGCUGCCCAUUAUCAGUGUUCCAAUUAUUUUGCCAACAUAAACAGAAAAAGUGUU